AUGGCUGGUAAAGACCGUCUUAAUGGCAUCUUUAGGCCACUCCAGCUCAUCUGGUUAUCCAUCCAAUUGCACUACAAGGCUUUUAAAGAAGCCUUUCGCAAAGACGGUUUCGCCUCUCUUGCAUAUCCCCAAAGGGUUCGAGAGGCUGCUGUAGCCAAACUGUUUAUCACGCACUCCGACGGUUUCAUCGCCUAUGAAAAUACCACCGUUGUCCCCUCCCUUGUCCGCUCCGCUCAAGGCAGAAUCCUCGAACUCGGCCCUGGACCAGGCAACCAAAUCCAGCGCUUCGUUCCAUCCCUCGUAGACUUUAUAUACGCCGUUGACCCUAAUCCUAACUACGGAGACACAAUUGCUGCAAAGGUCAAGAAACUUGGUCUCCAGGAUAAAUACAAGCUUUUAGCGUGUGGCGUUGAAGACAGCGACAUUUUGAUAAUGGAGGGGAUUACCGAAGGGAGCAUGGACACUGUGCUAAGUAUUCAGGUAUUGUGCUCAGUGAAAGAUGUGAAGAGUGUGAUGAGGGCGGUGUGGAAAUUGUUAAAACCGGGAGGGAGCUUUGUAUUCUGGGAGCAUGAGAAGAACCGGGAUACUGCUACGGCUAUCACACAAGCUUGUUUGAAUCCUGCUUGGAGCGGACUUGUCGGGUGUUGUUUGAAUCGGGAUAUCAAGGCGGAUAUUCUUGCUGCCGGGGAGUGGGAAAACCCUGGUGAAAUUGAGGUGGCCGAUGAACCGUACAGUUGCUUACCUAGGAUUUCGGGUGUGCUUAAAAAGAAAGCUUGA